CUUUUAUGUAGAUUACGACGUCAUCAGUUGGCUUCAACAACACUGUACUGACCGCAGACGCGUUGACAAACCAUAUAGAGGAAGAACCACAGGCUAUUUCGACGGAUUUCAUUAAGAGAACGGAGGCUAUUCAGAUUACAUAAAAAAAAAACGAGAAAAAAGACGUUAAACCAACAUUGAAAGAAUAUUCAGUGUAUGCCAAAGAUGGUCAGACCUCACACAGGACCUCCUCGAUUUAAGCCCAGGCCCUUUUCAGAUGGCUACAACAUGCCGCAUGAACAGCAGUACUGCCCCCACCCCAGGAGUCAGAGAGGAUUCCGGGGCCCGCCAGGAAAGCCCGCUCCAAACUGGAGAGAUUCCAGAGGCAGAGGGCGAGCUCACUUUGCCAAAAGGCCCCCGCUGAUGGGAGAACGUCGGGAGCGACCAUUCAAUCACUGGAGGUCCCAGAACCAGGAUUCCUUCAAUGCGUACCCGUCUCAGUCGGAGGCCCAUCAUGGCCACAUGAGGCCGUCCCCAUCCAGGCCAAAUCGCCAACCCCCAGCUCAGCAUAGGUCCUCCCCACACAGUCCUACACAUGGGCCCCUUGGCCAGAGGGGAGCACCUAUCCAUGGACACCACUCAGGUCACAGAUCCCUCUCACCACGCCAUUACCAUAGCCAACCCUCUGACAGGAGGCCGCUGUCCUCACACUCCCCGCACAGUUCCUUCAGGGGCCCUCACACUCGCCCGAGUACGUCUCACAAAGUGGACAGGAGCUGGGGUUCUAUGCCCCAUCAUAGCCCAAAAGAGAGGCUGUUUGAGCGGCCCAGUCGUGGCGAGAAGCGCUGGAAUGGGCCAGGGCCCUUUCCGCACACACACAACGGUGAACGGGGCCCCCCUGGUCCUCCCCAGAGAAAACCGCGGGAGUUCCAUGGCAGAGGUUCAUAUCCAGAGAGGUACAGGACAGAAGAGGCUGUAUUGGCUGGGUGGUCUGCUGAGCGAGAUCCCAGGAAGCAGCAUGGAGAGGUAGGAAGAGAGAGACAGGGCAGCGGACGGCGCAGCGCUGAGUGGGCUCAGGAAGGCAGCCCUCGCCACAGAUCCCCCUCAUGGAAGGGAGGUCCUUCUUCCUCUUUCUACCAGAACAGCUCUCAGGAAAGGCCAAGUGGACCUCCACACAAGAGGAGGUUCCAGGAGCGCAGGAUGCCCCCUGGUCUGGUGCAUGGUCAACCAAAGCGCCCGCGGAGAGAGAUCCCACAGGGCUCCAACGCCCCUAGGGGAUUUGGAGGCCGCCCCUUGUCUCUCAGGGACAAGAGUCGCUUGCUGAAGGGCCGUAAAAUGAGAGCAGAGUCAGUGAUGAGGCUAAAAGCACCUCCACCUCGACCCAGAGGAGCCGAGAGCAAGAACCAGGAAGAGGAGCGUCCAAAUACGAGCAGAGAAAAUGCGCAAUCCAAGCUUGCUCUUCGGAAGGAGCGUUAUCAAUCAAUGGCCGGCCAACUAAAGAAGAGGCCAAUGCCCACCAAGACACCCCCCAAACCCGAAGCCAAUUCAACCAAGUCUUCCAGGGAAUCCGAGUCACACAAGGAGCAUGUGGACUCUCUCCGUGCCUUGAGCACACACAGCUCUUCCUCUAUAGACCAACGGUUGCCUCGGGAUCUAGUGGUUGUGUCACAGUGGCAGGCUCCUGAUACAAAGGACAGCCCCCCCAGGGAUCGAAGUAGAACACCAAAGAACAAAACGGAGCGCUAUCACAAUUCAGAUGGACAACUUACGCUGAACGAACGCUUCUCAAAUAUUCAUGAUUCCAGUCCUUCCCCUUCUCCAAGAGACAGGAGAUAUGCGGAAAGGAACAUUGAAAUGCCUCAGGAGAACCACAGGCCUGAAAAAUUUUUCAGAAAACCAGGACCGCCGCAGAGGCCUAGCUUCCGUCCCAGCAGCCCAAAUCGUAAAUCAGGCAUCCCUCCCCCGAGAAGGCCAGGCCCUGAACCACCUGGUCCCUUUAGGAAGCCCCUCAUGGGAAGCUUCGUGCCACGUCCCUUCUCUCAAAGGCCAGUGUUCAGGAAAAGCCAGAGUAUCCUGUCCAAGUACCGUAACCUGCCGACGAUGCGCCAACGUGUUCCUCCCAACAGAGGAUCCAACUACCGCCGCUGGUGAUGCCUGACCGGAUGGGUCAAAUCUACAACCCUUUUCCCUAAGGCUUUGGGUUGGUCACGUCUGUCCUGGAGGUUAUGUUCACCAUGGAAUUCUCCAUGUGUCUUUGUUUUUCUGACACUUUUGUUUACACAAGCUGUUUAAAUACUAAGAACAGGCAAUCACGGUUUCUAGUUUUACUGCCUGUAAGUUGCUUAUAAUUUCACAACCGUGUUACACCUCAUGUCGUGUAAAUGACAUUAUGAAGAUUUUGUUUUUAGAGUUUAUAUUUCUGAUUGUCCAUUUAGGUUCUCGAAGCUUAGAAAUGUUUUUGCUGUAAAGUAGAAGCAGUCUUACAGACUGUUCCCCAAGGGCUGUAAAAUGUCUGUCGAAUUUGCGAGUGCUCUUGUUUUUAAUGAUCCUUGAUUUGUAAGAACUACUGACACCCUAUUCGUGACCUGCUCAUUUGAACCUGUGUACAUUUAGUUUUUUUUUGUAAUAUAUUUCAAAUAAAUGGCUUGACCUGCA